AUGGAAAGUAGAAUACCAGCUUGGAUACUGGAUAAAGUUUACCAACAAAAGGAACAAGAACAACCAUGGACAGUAAAAAAGCUAGGAGACUUUCUCGGGAAACUUGCAGAAAAAAAUGAAGAAUUAAUGAGAAGUCUGUCUAUAAGCGCGAAAAGGGAACAAACGCCAAAUACAAGAUCGCACAAUGCCGCGUUGUGCUACAACAAAUACGAUAAUGGAGCACAACUCAACAAACCAGUCAAGGAAAAAAUAACCUUGACUAAACAAAUCAACCCAAUAAGAAAGCAAGGAAUCAAUCAAAAUAAAGAAGUUUUGUUUCCAUGCAAAGAAGUCGAAAUACUUCAUUGGGACGCAUCUCAAUUCAGCGAGAAAGCUGUAGCGUCCGAAACAGAGUCCCAAAUUGUUGUUCAAUUUGAUAUUUGUUUCUUUCCAUGGCCAAGCGACUUGAUAUCUUCCAUUAGCUUUGGUAAUAGUGUCGUUGAAUUUCUUAAAUCAAAGGAAAUUACACGAAUCUGUGAAGCAACGGUUUACGUGAGAUGCAACAGUUAUUCAAGCGAAGACAAUGGAACCAUUUAUACAGCAAGCGAGUGUAGUGACUGCGAUCAAAAUGAAGACAAGUUGGAAUUAACGCCAAUGAAAAAGGAAUCUCUGGAUAUUGAUCGAUUUUGGAAACUCGAAUUAAUAGGGAUUCAAGAACAUUCACUUCUUCAUGACCAGGACCAAGUACUUAAGAAAUUCAAGGACACCAUUACGAAAGCUAAUGGAAGAUAUCAAGUCGCUUGGCCAUGGAAUGAAACAAAUAUCAAAUUAAACAACAAUUUGGGAUUAUGUUUCGGACGCCUGAAAUCACUAAUCGACAAGCUACAAAGUAACGAAACGUUGCUUCUAAAAUACGAUGAAAUAAUUUGCGAUCAAUGGCAAUUCAACGUCAUCGAAAAAUUAAGUCCAGAAAUAGACCAGAUUGGUGUUAUACAUUAUUUGCCACAUCAUGAGAUAAUAACUCCAACCAAGACCACGACCAAACUUAUUGUAUAUGAUGCGUCGGCACAUUCAAACGGAAUGAAAAGUUUGAACGACAUAUUACAUCGCGGACCACUAACACUGCCGAAUCUAGACGCGUCAAUGAAUAUAAGAGAAUUCUUGUCAAACGAUCAAGAAUCCAACGCUAAAAUUCCUAAAGAAGAUCAAGCCGAAAAAACACAAUUAAAGAAUAUUCUGGGGAUUAAUUGGAGUCCUCGCCAUAAUAUUAUACGUGUAAGUCCAAAGCCAUGGGAUGAAAAUUUAAUACCAACCAAACGAACCAUCCUAGAAUUCAUGGCUUCUCAAUACGAUCCUCUAGAAUUUCUAACACAAUGUUUAGUACCCAUUAAACUAUUCUUACAAAAUUUAUGGAAGAAACAUGUUCACUGA